AUGGACUUAAAUAGCUGGGCUCUGCCUCAACUAUCUCGGCUUCUCCCACUCGAUGAAGGCUCUUUGCGGCAGAUCAUAACAUAUACCGACACUCUGCCGAAGAACGCUGCCGCGGAACAUCUAAAAAAUCUGCUUGGUGACUCGCCACAAGCACUUGAAUUUAUCACAUCCUUCAACUCGCGGCGAGCAGCCGCACCAGAUGAGCCGUCCUCGCAACAGGGUCACAGAGAGCAACGUAGCGAUGUCUCAGAAGUCCCUCGAGCAAGACCAAGACAGCAAAAGAAGCCAAAUCAGUUCAAUAAACUGCCCCCAGCACGACGGCCAGAGGACUAUGGGAACCAAUCAGGCGGCUACAUCAAGAAAGAUGAACAAGACUAUAUGUCCGGGGCCUCUAGAGCGCGGAAAGAGCCUCAGCUAGCAAAUGCGCUACAGCUCCAAGAGAAGCCAGAUGCACGCCAGCUUCCAUCAAUCACCUCCAAACUCUCAGCCACGAACCCGGCGGUCCCAACGCCUAAACCCCCACCCUCAGCAGCAGGACCGCUAAUUUCAGAUAUCAAAUCCAACUCACGCCCCUCCUCCCGCCAAGCCUCGCCCGCGCCCAAACCCAGCGCCGCAAAGACCAAAGUCGCCAUCACAGGCGGCACAUCCAUGCACGGCUCGUCCUCCACGCUCUCCGACUUAGACUCCGCGAUCCGCGCCCUCGAAAUCCAAACAAACCCCUCCCUCUCCACCUCCUCCCGCGAAGACACCCUCAAGCGCCGCUGCAACUGCAUGGCCACCCGGCACCCCCUGCUAGCCGCGGCGCCGAACUGCCUCUCGUGCGGCAAAAUCAUCUGCGUAAAAGAAGGACUCGGUCCCUGCACCUUCUGCGAGCGUCCGCUGCUCUCCCAGUCCGAGAUCCAGGGCAUGGUGCGCGUCCUCAAAGAAGAGCGGGGCCGCGAAAAGAUGGACGCGAAUAACCUCGCCCAGCGCCGCGCAGAGGUGUCGAAGGCCCCGCGCGCUUUCACCUCGGUUUCUGGCGCGGCUUCUCCCGUGGUGAGCAGACCCGGCACCCCGACCUCGGACUCUGAGAGGCUCUCCGCGGCUCUCGCGCACCGCGACAAGCUGCUCGACUACCAGGCCCAGAACGCCCGAAGGACCAGGAUCCACGACGAGGCGGCGGACUUCGAGACGCCGAGCAGCGGCCAGAGCAUGUGGGCCUCGCCGGCGGAGCGGGCACUGCAGCUGAAGCGGCAGCAGAAGGUGCUGAGGGAGCAGGAGUGGAGCGCGCGGCCGGAAUGGGAGAAGCGGAAGGUGGUGGCUAGUAUUGAUCUUGUGGGCGGCAAGGUUGUUAAGAGGAUGGAGCGGGCGGAGAGGCCGAGGACGCCGGAGAGUGAGGGGGAUGGUGAGAAUGGUGCUGCGGGGCCGGUGCAAGGGGAGGGGAGGGGCGGGGGCGGGGGCGCGUUUAGUAGAAAUCCGCUGCUUGGAGCGCUGAUUAGGCCGACGAUCGGGGAGAGCGGGGGGAAAGGGAAGGAGGUUGAGCGGGAGAGGAGGACCGCGUGGAGGAGGGUGCAGGAUGAUAAGGAUGAUAAUGAGCAGUGGAUCCUUGACGGAGGGGCUUACGGUGGAACGAUAGAUGGGAGAAGAAUCGGAGACGAGGAGCAUGGACAUGGCUCAUAG